GCACCUCAGUGCGCAUGUUCAUUUCCGGUUAGCGCGCAUCUACCGCUACCGCCAAACUCAUUCAAACGCAAGAGGUCAAAGUCGUGCACCAGGCCCCAGUGCUCUCACCCAAGGCUGACUCCAGCGUUGAUUUCGCUGCUGGUUUACGACGAGCUGCUAAUUUAGCUGUAUGAGUUAAAGCCAGUUAGCUUAACAGGCUAUGUUCGGCGGCGGCGGCGGCUCCGUGCUUCAGUUCCAGGCAGCAGAACUUACAAGUGUGUCAGGGUGCAGUCAUGCUCGUGCUGGGACGUAAACAUUAGCUAAGAAUAUAGACAACUGUUUGGUGCCGAUCCCCUCCUCACAAACCAAUGACAUCACCACAGCACGCACUGCUGUCCUGCGAUGUCUGCCCCUGUGUCUUGGAGAUAAUUCCAGUGAAUUCUUCCUCAGCUGCUCAGAUUUGGCCUCUGCAUGCAACUUCACCCAGCUGCCUGUUGGGGUUCUUAGCAUCAUGACUGAGGACACGCUGCCACUGAUUAACAGCAUUUCAAUCAUCCUUGAAGGAAACGUUGUUAUGGAUGAGAUUCCCACAACCUCUGAAGCACUUUGUCUUCUGUUUGGCUUAAUGUAUGCACCCCAUCUGGAUUACUCCAAAGAUACUCCAGGCAGGGGAUUAUCUUCCUCUUCACCCUGGUUGACUUCAACACCAUCUUCAACCCUAGCAACAGCACCAGCAUCUUCUGCAUCUUCAUUGUUGUUGUUGUUAUCAGCAUUGCGAUUUUCAAUAUGUGCCACAUUGGAGCAUUAUAAGGCAGCCAUGUUGCUGAGUGGUGUUGGUGAUGCUCUUGGAUACAGGAAUCAGCUGUGGGAGUACAAUGAGUCAGGACCAGCUAUUCAUCAGGAGCUGAAAGAGCUUGGUGGGCUGAAGAACAUCAAGGCAGAGCUUCCUGACUGGCCCGUGAGCGAUGACACAGUUCUGCAUCUGGCGACGGCUGAAGGGCUGGCAACUGGGAAGGUGGGGGAGGAGCUCUUGCAUGAAGUGGCUGCUCGAUAUGUGGAGGGGAUGAAAGACAUGAACGGGAGGAAACCAGGUCCUUCAAGCAUUCUGGGAGUCUCUCAGCUGAAGCCUGGAGAAGAAGGGGGAUACAGGGUGCCAUAUAACCCUGAGGGGACGGGCUGUGGAGCAGCCAUGAGGUCCAUGUGCAUUGGCCUCAGGUAUCCAAAGCCUGACCAGCUGCUGUCUCUGGUGGCGGUUGCUGUGGAGACAGGCAGGAUGACCCACCCUCACCCCACCGGUUUCCUGGGCGCAGUAGCAUCUGCCUUGUUUACAGCAUAUGCCGUCCAGCGCAGGCCAAUCACGAUGUGGGGUCUGGGCCUGAUUAACGAGGCCUUACCAAUAGCGAAGAGCUUCGUUCAGGGUCGAGGCUUCGCUGUGGAAGAGACGGAGAGAGACUGGGGCUACUUCUGUGACAAGUGGCAGUGGUACUUGGAUUUUAGGGGGAUCUCUAAUGGGGUGGGGCCAGCGAUUUGGCCCACCUCAUAUGGGCCAGCUGAGAGAGACGAAGCCUACAAGAGCUUCAGUCUGUCGGGCUGGGCAGGACGCAGCGGCCAUGACGCUCCCAUGAUAGCGCUGGACGCCCUGCUGGGGGCGGGUUCGGACUGGGAGGAGCUGAUGAGCAGAGCGGGCUUCCACGGAGGUGACAGUGACAGCACAGCUGUAAUUGCCUGCUGCUGCUGGGGUCUCAUCUACGGCACCAGGGGGGUCCCUGAAGGCAACUACGUCAACCUGGAGUACCGGAACCGACUGGAGCGCUGCGCUGAGCAACUCUACGCCCUGUCACACUGAGAAGGCCGUCACAUCCUGCUGCUCUGAUAGUGUGUACAAACAUCUUGCACUGAGGGGGAAACUAGGCCAUGCGCUCCAACACACUGACAUAGAGCUAGAUGGGGCGCUCAGUAGUACAUCGAUCUAGAGUGCUGUCACAAAACAACAAAGUGUGGUGUCAUACUUGCCUGAAGGGGAAGUACAGUGUCCCACUAACCCAAACAAGAGUCUCUCUGCCACAUCGAGGAUGUGCGCCUCAUGAUGUUAGCACUGAGGAGGGGUGUAUUUAGAGGGGUCCCCCUGGUGACCAUUUUAAAUUAACAUGCAGUCAUACCACCAAGUGGAACCAAUCCAAGCUAAUGAGAAAGCGAAGAGAAUACAAAAAGUCCCCUAGGAGGUAAUUACUUUGCUUUGUCAGCCUGACAUAAUAGCAAACGCUUAGCAAGCUUCAAAUUAAAUGUGUUCUUGUUAUUGUCUAAUGAAAAAUAAAUUUCUGUGUCUCAUUAUAGUUAACUGUUACUUCAUGCAGUACAAAGUAAAACUGUAACUGCAAUACCCAGAUAAGCACAAUUAUUAAUACAAUAAAUUAAGCAAAC